AUGUGGCCACUGCGGGUCUAUACGCACAAGAAGCGGGGGGGCCAGAAGCUCAAUCUGACUCCGACGCCAGACCUGUGCUCCGCGGGGAAGGCCGAGGCCCCGCCAGCCCCAGGCCUGAAGAGAGAAGACAAAGCGCCUGGCUUGUCUAAGAUCUCUGAGAAGGUGGAGCCGAGCAGGUGGGGAAGCAGCGACUCCCAGCCGCUCAGCACCCAGUUGAGAGCUAUGGAAGAGAAAAGCCUAGAAGAAAAUAGCACUAAUGAAGAGACACAGGAUGAGACGGCUCCAGCGAGUGUAUGUGAGUCAGUGACUGAUCUCCAGGUUCACAGUAGUUCAAGUAGUGAAUUAGUAUCAGGAUUAAGUUUGCAGCAUGACAUUUCCAGUUCUCUUCUGAGUUAUUCAAUCACGGACCCUUAUAUAGGAUACAAGAGUUCUGAAGAGAGUUUAAGUAGCUUCCCUUCACCUGAACUGUUCAGAGGAUCAGAUUAUUUAGACUGGGACUGUCUCAACUUGAAAGACCAUAUGCAGUGGAAGAAUUCCACUCUUCUGGAUACCAGUAAAGCAGUAACAAUAGAGAAGGUGCCACAGUUUUCAAAUCUCUCAGCAAUUUUAAAUACUUCUUCAGAAGAUUAUCAAAAGUUCCAUAAAAAAAAAGGGAUGACUUUAGCAGACCACAGUAUUUCUCCAAAACCAAAGUGUACUUCAAAUUCAGAAUCAGAUAAUACCACUUGUGAAGUUUUACUUGCUAAGAAAACUUGCCCUGCAGCCUCUGAAAAAACAAAGAAAAAAAAAACAAAUUCUGGUAUUCCUGGUAAGAAAAACAGAGGCCUGUUAACAAGUACACCAUCUUCGGAGACAGCUGGUUUUGUGGUUGAUUUGUCGUCAGUGCAGAAAACAUCUCCUGAAGAACUUUUUCCAAAUGUUAGCAGUUAUGUUAAUUCAAAUGAAAUUGUUCCUAUGUCAGGUUUGCAAGAAUAUCCUUCAAAUGAGUUGCCUUCAAAUACAUCAGAAAUAUGUUGUAUUAUUAGAGCAUCACCGGGAACUAGACCAGUGAAAAGUAAAGGUGUUAUUGUAAAGAAGAAGAAAUAUUCUCCUUCUAAAGAUAUUCCUCAAGAUAUUAUAAUAAAAAUGGCAGACAAUAACAGCUGUGGCUGAAUUUCACUACUUUGAAGACAUGACUAUGAAGUCCAUAAAGCAACAUGUCUGCUUGAAAUUAUAUGAAAUUAAAAAUUAAAAAUUCUCCAAUUAUUUGUCAUAUAUGUGUUGAAAUUCUGCUGAAGUUCUUGUAAUCUACUUUUAAUCAGUUAAGAAACAUUCUUCCACGUGCUUAAGUAUUUGUAUUUAUAUUAUAAAAUAAGAACCAAAUAGUUGAUAUUAGAAAACUGUACACUAAAAUAAAG